AUGUCAUUAUUACGACUCGGACAAUAUGUGGCAAGAAACCACGCGUCAAAAGGAGCUUUUAACUGUAUAAGAAACACCUCUCUAAGAAAUGAAGCACUCAAAUCCAGUUUGCGAGCGUAUAGCUCAAAAGUUCAAGGCCAUGUAGUCGGUAUCGAUUUGGGAACGACAAAUAGUUGUGUAGCUACAAUGGAAGGCAAAACACCGCGUGUUAUUGAAAACAGCGAAGGCGGAAGAACGACACCGUCCGUCGUUGCAUUUACAAAAGAGGGCGAACUGUUAGUUGGCUUACCGGCAAAGAGACAGGCUGUAGUGAAUCCAGAGAAUACAUUUUUUGCCACAAAACGUCUCAUUGGCCGAAAGUUUAAAGACGCGGAAGUUCAACAAGAUAUUAAACAAGUCCCUUAUAAAAUUGUUGAACACAACAACGGUGAUGGGUGGUUAGAGUCACGAGGCAAAAGAUAUAGUCCGGCUCAGAUUGGGGCAUUUGUCGUUGGAAAGAUGAAAGAGACUGCUGGUAGGUCGAGCAAAGGAAAAGAGUCGGAUGGGGUUAAGCAAUCAUAUAUUGGUAAACCUGUUAGGAAUGCCGUAAUUACUGUCCCAGCUUACUUUAACGAUUCACAACGACAAGCCACGAAAGAUGCUGGCCAAAUCGCCGGUCUUAAUGUCUUACGUGUCAUAAACGAACCAACUGCAGCGGCACUUGCCUAUGGCCUUGAUAAGGCCGGCGACAAAGUCGUAGCGGUUUAUGAUCUUGGUGGCGGGACUUUUGAUAUCAGUGUUUUGGAAAUCCAGAAGGGUGUAUUCGAAGUAAAGUCAACGAACGGGAACACUCAUUUGGGUGGCGAAGACUUUGACAUUGCAUUAGUCAGAAAUCUGGUUGACUCGUUCAAGAAGGAGUCAGGAAUCGAUUUAUCGUCAGACCGUAUAGCGAUUCAGCGUAUUCGUGAAGCAGCUGAGAAGGCCAAAAUUGAACUCUCGUCCACUCUUCAAACCGACAUAAAUCUCCCAUUCAUUACAGCUGAUGCGACAGGACCAAAACACAUUAAUAUGAAACUUACCCGUGCGACCUUUGAAUCCUUAACAAAGCCUCUCGUUGAUAAGACCAUUGAACCAUGCAAGUCAGCAAUGAAAGAUGCUAAUGUUUCUACAAAAGAUAUAAACGAGGUUAUACUUGUUGGUGGUAUGACUAGAAUGCCAAAGGUUGUUGAAACAGUCAGAGGGCUUUUUAACAGGGAGCCUUCGAAGGCUGUUAAUCCCGAUGAGGCUGUUGCGAUUGGUGCCGCUAUUCAGGGCGGUGUUUUAGCUGGUGAAGUGACUGAUAUCCUUCUCUUGGACGUGACGCCUCUAUCUCUUGGAAUAGAAACCCUUGGUGGUGUUUUCACUCGAUUAAUUAAUCGCAACACUACCAUUCCCACGAAAAAGUCUCAGGUAUUCUCUACGGCCGCGGAUGGACAAACUACAGUCGAUAUCAAAGUAUUCCAAGGAGAACGUGAAAUGGUGAAGGAUAACAAAUUGUUAGGGAACUUCCAAUUGACAGGAAUUCCGCCUGCACCAAAGGGAAUACCACAAAUUGAAGUUUCGUUUGACAUAGAUGCUGAUGGGAUUGUCAAUGUUGGUGCUUCAGAUAAGGCUACCGGAAAGGAUCAGUCGAGUAAGCAUGAGAGCGGGGAUGUUAAAUUGCAGCCAACGGUUACCAUUGCCGCUUCAUCUGGUCUAAGCAAAGAUGAAAUCGAAAACAUGAUCCUCGAAGCCGAACAACAUGCUGAAAGUGAUCGUGAACGAAGAGAGUUAAUAGAAGCAGCCAAUGCAGCUGAUACUACAGCACACGAUACAGAGAAAAACCUUCAUGAAUUCAAAGACCAGCUUGAUCCUAAAGAAGUAGAGAUAUUCCAGGGGAAAAUUAACGAAUUGCGUGAAAUAGUAGCCAAGUCUCAGACUGACGGAAUCAAGGCUGAAGAGAUUAGGCAAAAGACCAGCGCGUUUCAACUUGAUGCGUUGAAACUAUUCGAAAUAGCUUAUAAGAAGCGUGCUGAACAAAACAAGACAUCAAAUGAGAGUAGUGGUGGUGAUUCGGAGAAGACGGGAAGUUAA